CAGUUUUCUUCAGGCGAGAAUGGAAUCGGAACUGGCCAUUCUUAGUCGGUUUCGCUAUCACCGGCACAAUCAUCACCAAGUUAUCUCUUGGCCUGACCGAGGAGGACGCCAAGAACUCGCCAUUCGUGCAGAGGCACAAGAGGAUCAAGUCUUGGGGAGGUUGAUUGGCAGUGCUAAGGCUAUGGGUGGUCUUUACUAUCUGGAAGGAGAUCCUCUCAACUUUUGGACCAAUGAUUCAGUCCUAAAUGUAACUUGGAAUGCCAAAGUCUUGUUACGGCAUAAACAUUUAGGGCAUCCUAGCUUUCCUUAUCUUAAAUCUUUGUUUCCUAAAAUUUUUAUCAAUAAAGAGCACAGUUUUUCGUGUGAAUCAUGCACUCUUACUAAACAACCUAGAUAUCAUCAUCCUAUUCAGUCUUAUAAACCUUCAAAACCUUUUCAUUUGAUACAUAGUGAUAUUUUAUUUGGGGUCCUUCUAAACACCAUAAUAUUAUCGGAUCAAGGUGGUUCAUCACAUUUAUCGAUGAUCACUCUAGAGCCUGUUGGGUUUAUCUAAUGAAGGAAAAA